CAAAGUGGCAAGGUCAUUAAAAUCAACUAAAAAUGUGCCAGACUGAAGGGAUUAAGCAGAAUGACAACUAAAAGCAACCUGUGACAACUUGUUACUUCCGACCUUAACCCUCGCACUCCGUUGAAAGGCUCCCAGUCACCCUAGCAGGUUCCAACGCUUGUAAGGAACGCAAGGACAGCCGGGAAAGGGGGCGAGAUCCGGAAGCCAAGAUACGCACUUCCGUUCCCAGGUCGCUUGCAGCCAAUCGGCCUCUGUUGCUCCACCCCUUCCGUUCUAGGGAAAAGCCAGCUACUCAAGCGUUUUCCGGCAGGAGCUGUGCCGCUCCUUAUCAUGGGGACAAUUCAUCUCUUUCGGAAAUCACAAAGAUCUUUUGUUGGCAAGUUAUUACAGGAAUUUAGACUUGUUGCAGCUGACCGAAGGUCCUGGAAGAUAUUGCUCUUUGGUGCAAUAAACUUAACAUGCACUGGCUUCCUGCUUACAUGGUGCAGUUCCACGAACAGUAUAGCUUUAACUGCCUAUACUUACCUGACCAUUUUUGAUCUAUUUAGUUUAAUGACGUGUUUAAUAAGUUACUGGGUAAUGAUGAGGAAACCUAGCCCGGUCUAUUCAUUUGGAUUUGAAAGAUUAGAAGUCCUGGCUGUAUUUGCCUCUACAGUCUUGGCACAGUUGGGAGCUCUCUUUAUACUAAAAGAAAGUGCAGAACGCUUUUUGGAGCAGCCUGAGAUACACACGGGAAGAUUGUUAGUCGGUACUUUCGUGGCUCUUUCCUUCAACCUGUUCACGAUGCUUUCUAUUCGGAACAAACCUUUUGCUUAUGUCUCUGAAGCUGCUAGCACGAGUUGGCUGCAGGAGCAUGUCGCCGACCUGAGUCGCAGCGUGUGUGGAAUUGUUCCAGGGCUGAGCAGUAUCUUCCUUCCCCGAAUGAAUCCAUUUGUCUUGAUUGACCUCGCCGGAGCGUUUGCUCUUUGUAUUACAUAUAUGCUCAUUGAAAUUAAUAAUUAUUUUGCUGUAGACACCGCCUCUGCCAUAGCCAUUGCUCUGAUGACGUUCGGCACCAUGUACCCCAUGAGCGUGUACAGUGGGAAGGUGUUACUUCAGACAACACCACCUCAUGUUAUAGGUCAGUUGGACAAACUUAUCAGAGAGGUAUCAACCUUGGAUGGCGUUUUGGAAGUCCGAAACGAGCAUUUUUGGACCCUAGGUUUUGGCUCAUUGGCUGGAUCAGUGCACGUGAGAAUUCGACGUGAUGCAAAUGAGCAAAUGGUUCUUGCUCAUGUGACCAACAGGCUGUACACUCUAGUGUCUACUCUGACUGUUCAGAUUUUCAAGGAUGACUGGACAAGGCCUGCCGUACUGUCCGGGCCUGUGGCAGCAAAUGUCCUGCAUUUUUCAGAUCAUCACGUAAUCCCGAUGCCUCCUUUAAAGGGCACCGAUGAGUCGAACCCUGUCACGUCGACUCCAACGAAACCUAGUAGUCCACCUCCAGAAUUUUCAUUUAACACCCCGGGGAAAAAUGUGAGCCCAGUUAUUCUUCUAAACACACAAACGAGACCCUAUGGUUUGGGUCUCAAUCACGGACACGCACCUUACAGCAGCAUGCUUAGUCAGGGACUUGGAGUUCCAGGCAUUGGAGCCACCCAAGGAUUCAGGACUGGCGUUACAAAUGUACCAAGUAGAUACGGAACUAACAACAGAAUCGGACAACCAAGACCGUGAUGUACUGCGAUUUAAUUUAUUGUAUGAGGAAUAUUGACUUCUUGACUUCCAGUGUAUUUAGUAAUCCAACUUUGCAUUGACUGUUCAAUCAUUUAUUGUAAUUGUAAAAGAAUAGUAGUCUAGUUCAUGUUAUAUGAAACCGAUGAAAUUAUAUUUUUGUAAAUGUAUUAAGUACGCUGAGAACCUUUAAAUGCUGUAGGCUUUAAAGUAUAUUUCUCUAAAUUUGCAUUUUGCUGUCUUUGGUUUUGUGAUUGACUAUAGAGUGAUAGGCUAUCUUUGCACGAGAGCCGUGUGAGUGGGUCUGCUGUGUUAUCAAAGGUACAGUUUUUUCCAUGAGAUGUAUAAACCUGCUUCUUGGGUAAUGAUACACAUCCUAGGAAAGAAAAAACAUGGCCGCACUAAAAGUAAAAGUCUCUUUUAUAGCUUUUCCAAACUUAACUGCUGCAUUUUCCUUCAAGGUCCUCCUGAAUUAUGUCUUGCAAAGCAAAAGCAAAAAACUGUAUCAGAAAAUUCAGAACAUAUUCUACUACCUGGUUUUGGUCAUUUAAAAAUUUCUGUACAUUUGUGAAUAGUCCGAGCUUCUUAAAAGUUGCAUAAUCAAUUUUAGUUUAUGUUAAAUAAUUUUAUCAAAAGAUAAUGGAUGUUAGAUAGUAGAAUACAGUAUUUUCAGAGCUACUACAAGCAGUUUCUCCUUGUUUUGCUUUGUGAAACAUAGUCAAUUGUUAACUGUGAUGAGUGUGAGAAUUAUGUAGAUUAUUUUACUUUUGAUUAUUUCCCAAGUACACAUGUUAAAGACUUUCUAACAUGGCCAGUAUUACUAAUUAAAAAUAGAACAAGCAGCAGUCGCAAAUUACCUAUGAUUUUUUUCAUUAUAUCAUGAGUUUUAUGAUUAUGGUUUUUAAAAGAGAUUUUAAGAGUGAAUUCAACUUUUCUGGAAUCCAGUGACUCCCGGGGAUCUGUGACUUUUCCAGCCAUCCACCUGCCGUCGUGAGAAGAUUUCUGUUUUUGUAGAAUUUGCAACAGUUUCUUCAAUCAACUCAUCCUUUUACAUAUGAGCAACACUUCCAAAUCCUUUUUCUGCACGGUGGAAUAACAGACAUCUCAGAAGCCACCUCCAUCAAGCAGAACUGUAGUUACUCUGUGGUAAUAAAUGACUGCGUCUCUAUUAACGUUUGCUUGGUGAGGAGCUGGUCGUUGUCUUGACUGCUGUGACUUACCGAAGAAAUAGAGGGCACAUGACCUUGACCACGGGAAUAUGAAGCUUUGUAAAAUGUAAUAGGGCAAACUGUUUCUCGUCCUUUGUCUCAUCUUCCAACUAUUGCUACCCUAUUGUUGGUCUACUGUUACAGGGUGAUUUUUCCUCCACUGACCCCAUCUAAAUGUGAAUUCAGGUCAUGCGUGAAAUCUGAACUGUCAUAUACUGAGUGAUGAUUAAGAGGGAUGUGCUGUCACCCCGUGCACAUCUCCACCCCCAUGGGAUUUUUAAAGUGUCCAGAUGCGGAACACAAUUCUGCAUGAGGUUAAAUGCCUCCUUCCUCGACCCCCAUUCAGAAGUAGCACCUGUGCAGUUGUCCCACCAAAGGUGCUUUCGUGCCCACAUAUACUAUUUGAGAAGUUGCCUCUGGGUUCUAAAGGAAUUGGCUCUACUUGCUGCAGUUCAGUAAUGCCAACUACGGCAGGUGACUUUGGUCCAUCGUUUGCCUGGCUCUGGCCAGCUUUCUGGAUAUAAAAACAAGAAACUUGGCCAGCAUACAGGCCUUAGGCAGUAGCCUUACUGGUAAAUCUUGCUCUGGAGUUACUUGAAGCUAGAUUUUUAAAAAAGGAAGUUCAAAUUAAAUACUUGGCCCACAGUUUGGGACUAAGAGUAAGCAUCAUGGAGUGUGACUGACCCAGUUUGAGAGAUCACUGUUUGUGAUGGGAAGAAACACGAGACUGAUUGGGAGACAAGAAUCGGAUUCUAAUCCUAACACUGCCUCUGUGUGAGUCGUCUUGUAACCAUGGGCAAGUCGUUUAACUCCCCUGAGCUUUCUCAUCUGUAAAGUUAGGGUGGGAAAUGAGUUCGUUGAUCUGUGACUGUCAGCUCUAAAACUUUGUGACUAGAUCUGUAGAAUAUGUGCCCACCUGCUAAACGGAAUAUUGUGCCCAGCCUGUCUUUCCGGGGACUACCUCCACACAGAAGCCAAGUGCUUCCUGCACCGACACCCAAGCCAUUAAUCCGAGGUGCUGUGGGACCAGAAGGUGAACUGCAGGCUAACACCUGUAGGGUUCUGUUUAUUUCAGACUUGCCUCAAAUAAAUCUUUCAAUCUGUUUAAACAGAUUUUUCUUAGACUUCUUUCUUUGUGGGAAAGGAUUAUUUAUGUGGAGUGUUGGAGAUAAGAUUAGGACAAGGCACCCUUAGCUUCCACAGGGUAUGAAAGAAUGGGGUACAUUUAUAUUUCUUCCUUAAUCUCUGAAGUCGCAGUGGAAAUUACAUACAUGUAUCAGCAACUGGGGAGGACCUGAGUUUCAAGCCUCCGAUUCAGCUGCUCAAAAACUGCCAAUUUUUAUGCUCAACUGAAGAAUGCCGACCUUCUCUGGGAAUCUUAUCUGCUUCUUACGUAAGAAAAUACUUUUUCACAUUCCAAAAUGUUUGAAUUAAACUUUUUGAAUAAAAACAGACAUGGACUUUUCUGUGAUUUUAAAUAA